AUGUCGGAAAAGACUCAAAAAAGUGUGAAGAUUGCACCUGGAGCAGUUGUGUUGUGUGUAGAGAGUGAAAUCAGGGGUGAUGUAACUAUAGGACCCAGGACAGUGAUCCACCCUAAAGCACAAAUCAUUGCAGAAGCCGGGCCCAUAGUGAUUGGCAAAGGUAACGUAAUGGAAGAACAGGCGCUCAUCAUAAAUGCUCACUCUGAUGCAGCAGAUUCAGAGCCCAAACCUAUGAUCAUUGGCACAAAUAAUGUGUUUGAAGUUGGCUGUUAUUCCCAAGCCAUGAAAAUAGGAGAUAAUAAUAUUAUUGAAUCAAUUGCGUAUGUAGGCAGAAACGUAAUAUUGACAAGUGGUUGCAUCAUUGGGGCCUGUUGCAACCUGAACACAUUUGAAGUCAUCCCUGAGAACACAGUGAUUUAUGGUGCAGGCUGUCUUCAUCGGGUACAGACUGAGCGCCCACAGCCCCAGACACUACAACUGGAUUUCCUGUUGAAAAUCUUGCCAAACUACUAUCACCUAAAGAAGACUAUGAAAGGAAGCUCAACUCCAGUUAAGAACUAA